AAAUUCCUUAUACAGGAACAGAGGAGAACAGUUUAUUCGUCUCAACAGAAGGAACGGUGCCACCUCUCCACUGGGUAGAUACAGAUGUGACAUCCCUGAUGUAAGUGGAGUGACAAGAAGCAUUUUCAUCAACAUAGCAUCAACCAUGCCUCCUGUGAUAAUGUGUCCAACUGUAACUACAACCACCUGCCCACCACCUACUGAAGUCUCGUGCCCCCCUACACUACCUCCCCCAACCUGCCCUCCUACACUUCCCUCUACUGCCUGUCCACCACCUACCCCCUGUACUGAAGUCUCCUGCCCUAUGUGCCCCCCUACACUGCCUCCACCCACGUGCCCUACAUGCCCCCCUACACUACCUCCACCUACGUGCGCUCCAACAGAACCGUCCACUCCUUGUCCAGUCACAACCUGCCCACCACCCCCAACAACAUGUCCCCCAGAACAAGGUGACGUGUAUUUCAUGUUGCGUGGAAAGAAUUACACUGAUGGAGACACUGUGAUGAUCACUGAUAUUGGAGAGGGAGAUAACGCUCUGUUGUGUGUGACUGACAACACUGAGUGCUGUGACCCACCUGAUGAGGGAGAGUUCUUCUAUCCUGAUGGUACAGCUGUCGGUUUCUCCAGCAUAAAUUCCUUAUACAGAAACAGAGGAGAACAGUUUAUUGGUCUCAACAGAAGGAACGGUGCGACCUCUCCACUGGGUAGAUACAGAUGUGCCAUCCCUGAUGCAAGUGGAGUGACAAGAAGUGUUUACGUCAACAUCGUAGCAGGUGAAGCACCACCUCCAGUAACCUGCCCUGUACUUUCCAAUCCGGCUAAUGGAGGAGUGCGAGUGUUGUCUCUUUCAAUAGCUGUAGGAAGUCUGGCCACCUACACCUGUAACCCUGGUUACACUCUGAGUGACUCUUCAAGAAGAACCUGUUUACCUAAUGGGCAAUGUUGUGGAAAUGCACCUACUUGCCAACAAGAUGCUAUUGGGUUCAUGCUAAGAGGAGAAACCUUCGCUAAUGGCAGUAGUAUCUCCCUCGAAGAUAUCGGUGAAACUGAUGAAGCUCUCAUCUUCCGAACAGAAAUUAAGGAUUGCUGCAAAGUGCAAAAGAUCGGACAAUGCUACGAUCCCCACGGUGUUGAAUUAAGUAUUAGAGCAUUCAAUAAUGAAUUGUAUCGCAACCGUGAUUCUCAACUGGUUCGACUCAAUAAGAAUAAGAUAUUCACUGGUCAAGCUGCAAUCCCUGGACUGUACUGUUGUACUGUGCCCAACAACGAUGGUAACCUUCACCGAAUAUGUGCAAACAUUAUAGCUUAAUCAUGAACCUGCCAAAGCUGGUACGUACCCACUAUAUUGAUUGUACAUUUUGUAUGUGUUUUUCUAGUCUAUAGCUAUACCACCCCAUGACCACUAAUUUGUACCGUCUUCUAAUGUUUUGCAGUUAUAUGCAAAGUUACUCUCA